AUGAAAUUGAGAAAUGAAAUUAUCCAAACCAAUGGGAACUCAGCUUCUCCUCUUCCUUAAACUUCCAGCUCCACCUCUCACUUCGCUCCCUCUUUCCAACCUUAACAAAUCCUUAAACACCACCACCACCACCAUCUUACGCUGCAAUUCCACUGGGUCACACCGUACAGGUAGACAGUUCAGAUUCGAUCCUCAAAACUCCGCUGAUGAUGAUGAUGAGUUCGAGUUCAGCAGCGCCACGAAGCAGAGGAUUUGGUGGACUGACUUCGAUGAUUACGAUGAUGUCUGGGACUUUGAUGAGGAUGAUGAGUUCUGGGUUUUUAAGGCAUUUAGAGCUUUUGGCUGGAUGCUACCAGCCAUUGCCAUAUCGUUGCUGCUAGGAACAGGCCCCAAUGCUUUUAUCAUGGCAUUAGCAGUUCCACUAGGGCAGUCAGCACUUUCACUUGUGUUCGAUAAGGUUUCAGGAAGAGAGAGUAAGAGAUGGAAAUCCACGUCCAGGCCGAAGACCAGGAAGAAACAUUUUACAAGGGCUGCUAGUAACAUGAGAACAAACAAGGGAAAACAAGAUUCAAAUACGACUGGUGGAGAGAAGGCAAGUUAUAGCUCCUGGUUGAAUACAGAUGGUGGUUUACGUGAUAAGGGUGCCAAGAGAGUCCCAAAGUUUGGUGGAUGGGAUCAACUGGAUGAUCAAGUGGAGACCCAAAAAAGGGCACCAAGUCAAAAGGGAAAUGGACUACCAAAGCAACAAAAGAAGGGUAAAUUUAGUAGGAUAGGGAGAGUCAGAGAAACACCAUUGCUGCUGAGGUUGUUGAUUGCUGUUUUCCCAUUCUUGGGCUCUUGGACAAGGUUCCUUCUCUGAUUUUGUACUGCCAGAACACCGUCCCCGUAUAGAGGGAAGGAAGAAUUAUGAACUUUUCAUGCCUAUAAUACUGCUGCUUAGCCACCUUUGACGGACUUAAGGAAGCAAAUACAAUGGGACGCUACCAAGAAACAGUUCGAGGCAGAAAUUAACUUGGGAAGGUAAAGGAAAUUUAGUCAGCAAUGUCUUCCCUUCCCUUCCCAUACCAUUUUCACGCAUAUAUCUUGCUUUGCAUCCUUUUAUGGUCCAUGUCAAGGCUUGUUCUCCAUCUCCUAGCUAGAAGAUGAAACCUUAUAAUUGCUUAUUAGUAGGAUAAUACACUUUCAUCUCUCUCUCUCCAGCUCCCCCUUUCCUGAGCAGGGAUACAAGGAGGAGAUGUUGAAAUGUAAUCAUUGGCGAUGUUGUAUCAAUCAAUGGACUAUGAUCUUUGCCUCUUCGUCUGUUCCACUGCCAUUCCCAUUCCUGGAUAAGUCCUAAACCCUUGUUUGUUAGUCCAAUUAGGAUAAGGACUUGAGUUCUGAUUCUAAAUGGAGUCACUUUCAAGCCUGCCUUCACUCAUCUCUACCCAGUCCCCAUUGCUUGGAUGCUUCCCCUUGUUGGUUGGAGAACGAGCUUAUGUGGGGCAUAGAAUCUGUUUUUUGGGGCAUUAGAAAGAUCUAUAUUUAAAAACAAUAACGUAUUUAUCAAUUUUAUCUAUGGAUGAUGGUGAAAAGUACUUAGGAACAAAUUUUAAGGGUGUUCACUGAAAUUUUU